UGUCUUUUAGACGAGUAAUUCCUUUAUUUAAACUCUUCACUAAUACCGAAAACUAUAACAGACGUGUAUUAUGUCAUACCAUUCCUUUUUCUAGUCCACAAAAACAUUUUAUCAAAUUUCGGUAUUAUUCAAAUACAAGGGAUUUACCCGACAGGGUAGAAUUUCUAUUGAGUAAAAUUGGAAAAGAAUCUGAUAUAUCUCAAACGUCAACAACGACUGAAAAAGCCACUACAGAAAUUAAAGAAAUUAUCGGUUCAACAUAUGGAGUAAAUUAUCGAUUAAAAUGGAUGGAACCUCCACGCUCAGUUCUGGUUGUGAAAAAACCGUUUACCAAAUCAACUGAUAAAGCACUCUUGGAAAUUGUAAAUUGGUUACAUGAAUCUUAUCCUAAUAUAAAUAUCAUUGUUGAACCUGAGGUAGCUAAAAAAUUUGAAAAUGAAUUACCAUACGUGUUUAUUUCACAAGGACAUGGAGAUGAAUAUACACGUAUUGUAGAUUUUGUUAUAACAAUAGGUGGCGAUGGAACAAUUCUUCACGUUUCAUCACUUUUCAAUCAAUGUGUUCCUCCAGUCAUAUCAUUCUCGAUGGGGACAUUAGGAUUUCUGCUUCCUUUUCAUUUACAACAUUACAAAUCUGCGUUAGAAGACAUAAUCAAAGGAAACGUCUCGCUAUUACUUCGCAUGAGACUUUCUUGCUCGAUGUGGAACACAGAAGGGAAAAGAAUUACAAAAGAUGACAUUGAGAUUGGUAAUUUACAAUCCAUGAAUGAAGUCAAUUUACAUCGAGGGCGUUAUCCACACCUUACUGCCAUCGAAUGCUUUGUGGAUGGACAAUUUUUAACGGAUGCUGUGGCGGAUGGGUUGAUAAUUGCCACUCCUACAGGCUCAACAGCAUACUCAUUGUCAGCUGGAGGACCUAUAAUACAUCCAUCUGUGCAAAGUCUCAUUGUUACCCCUAUUUGUCCAAGAUCACUUUCUUUUCGACCUAUUUUAUUACCACCAGAUGUAAAAAUACAACUAAUGAUUGGUGAAGAAAGUCGUGCUCCAGUAGAAGUUACAAUAGAUGGAAGAAUAAUAUGCAUGUUGAAAAAAGGAGAAUGGUUAGAGGUACAAAUGUCACCUUAUCCAAUUCCUUGCGUGAACAGAAUUGAUGAGGGAGUUGAUUGGGUUAAGGAUAUUAAUGAUUUAUUAAAGUGGAACCAAAACUUUGUAAAUAAGCAAUUACUUACACACGGAUUUGUUUAAUAUACAUUUAUCCUUAAUAAUUAUUUUCGUAGAAUUACUUUCAGGAAAAAUUUAAUAAAUAAGACAAAUUAUUGUUAAAAAAUAAUAUUAAAAAAACUUUUUUCAGUAUUUUCACAAGGUUAUUUUA